AUGAAGAAGUCCGCCGCCGCGAAAUCUGACUCUCGAUCGACGAACAAACCACAUUUGGUCCAGACAAAUUACGUGGACCAAUCUGGUGAUCGUCAAACCGUCGGGAGUGCGGUAGUGCGUGAAGUUUGUACGGUCGAAUCGACGUCGCGUUGCAAGAAACUCGUGCUGGACGUGUCCGUGAACGGAAAGUACAUUCGAUUUGAAGUAGAUACUGGUUCGCCGGUCAGUAUCAUCAGUGCGGAAUGCCGGAACCGACUGUUUCCAACUACGCGGUUGCGUGAGUGUGAUACGAGCUUGGUUAACUAUUGCAAUACCAGCAUCGACGUGCUAGGUAUACUUGACGCGCGUGUGGAAUUCGCGGGAAAAACAAUAACGAUGCCGUUGUACGUUGUGAAUUCCGGGAAGCACCCGUUGCUAGGCCGUGAGUGGCUGAAGGAGAUGCCGGUGGACUGGAAUAACAUGUUCCAGGGGUCGAGUGUUGUGAAUACGAUUGCUGCUACUAUUUCCCCGCGUCGUGAUGCUGCAUUGGAGGAGGUUCUGGGGAAAUAUCCGAAGGUUUUCGAGGACUCGAUCGGAAAGAUUUCCCACGUUCAAGCUAACCUACCAUUGAAGAACGGUGCUCGGCCGGUGUUUCUUAAGGCAUGGAAGAUGCCUUUCAACAUGCUGAAAGCGGUUGAGGACGAAUUGGAGAAACUGGUUGCAGAGGGUGUGCUCACGAAAGUUAACUCCAGUAACUGGGCAACACCGAUUGUGCCUGUGAAGAAGUCACAGAACCGGGUAAGGAUUUGCGGAGACUACAAGCAGACCGUGAACCCGAACCUCGUGGUGGACAAGCAUCCACUGCCUACUGUGGACGAGCUGUUUGCUUCACUAGCGGGAGGAAUGAAGUUCAGCAAGAUUGAUCUCGUCCAAGCGUACCUGCAACUGGAAGUGGCUCCAGAAGAUCGUGAAAUACUCACACUUAGUACUCACCGUGGUCUUUACCGCCCGAAUCGGCUGAUGUACGGUGUCGCAUCGGCACCAGCUAUCUGGCAGUGGCAGAUGGAGGCCCUACUGCAAGGCAAUGAUGGAGUAAGCGUUUUCCUGGAUGACAUCAAGAUCACGGGUGAAAACGAUGAAGUUCAUUUGCGUCGGCUGGAGGAGGUACUUCGGCGACUGAAUGAAUGCGGAAUUCGGGUGAACAAGGAUAAGUGCGAGUUCUUUGUGGACAAGAUUGAGUACUGCGGUUACUCGAUCAAUAAGGAAGGGAUCCAUAAGAUCCGAAAAAAGGUGCAAGCAAUCCAGGAAAUGCCAAGGCCGAUGAACAAGGACGAAAUUCGGUCAUUCGUCGGAUUUGUAAAUUACUACGGGCGGUUCUUUGAGAACCUGAGUACGGUCCUGUAUCCGCUUAACAACCUACUGAAGAACGAUGUUCCAUUCAGAUGUACCAACCAAUGCGAAGAUUCUUUCAAGAAAGUGAAGGAACAGAUGCAGUCCGACAACUGCCUUGUCCACUAUUCUCCAGAACUUCCACUGCUGCUUGCUACGGACGCUUCACCCUACGGAGUAGGAGCUGUGCUGAGUCACGUGUACUCAGAUGGCACGGAACGUCCAAUCCAGUUCGCGUCCCAGACCCUGAACCGUGUGCAGCAGAAUUAUAUGCAGGUGGACAAAGAGGCGUACGCCAUAAUAUUCGGCGUGAAGAAGUUUUUCCAAUACUUGUACGGACGGAAGUUCAGCUUGCUUACCGACAAUCAGGCAAUCUCGAAGAUCUUCGGAGAGCACAAAGGAUUGCCGGUCAUGUCUGCAUUGAGGAUGCAACACUACGCUACGUAUUUGCAGAGUUUCGAUUACGAGAUCCGGUUCCGGAAGUCUACGGAUCAUGCGAAUGCUGAUGCCAUGUCGAGAAUUCCGUUAGGAGUAGCUGAUCCCCAGAAUGAGAUUGAGGAGUCGGAUGCUGUGGAAUUGAGUCAAAUCGAUACUCUACCCUUGACUGCUGCCGAGUUAGGUCAAGCUACGGCGGGGGAUCAGACGGUGCAAAAACUGAUCCAAGGCAUCAAGCACGGCCAGCUGGUGGAAGCGAAGGAUCGUUUCGGAAUCGAACAGAACGAAUUCUCUCUACAAAAAGGAUGCUUGCUUCGGGGAAUUCGAGUGUACGUGCCUACAGUUCUCCGGAAACGUGUGCUGGAUGAAUUACAUUCUACUCACUUCGGUACAACCCGUACGAAGUCGCUGGCAAGAGGCUAUUGCUGGUGGCCUGGUUUGGAUCGGGAGAUCGAAGAAUUGAUUGCGAACUGCGCUGACUGCCAGUCAGUACGUGCGGAACCUGCGAAGAUGAACCUUCAUUGCUGGGAAUCACCAAGUGAACCGUUUCAAAGGGUCCAUGUUGACUUUGCAGGUCCUUUCAUGGAUACUUACUUCUUCAUCUACGUGGAUGCGUUCAGUAAGUGGCCGGAGAUCAAAGUGUGCAGAUCCAUUACGGCCGAAUGCACCGUAAACAUGUGUCGCAAGAUCUUCAGUACGUUUGGCAUACCGUCAGUCCUGGUGAGCGACCAUGGCGUCCAGUUUACUUCGGAAGUUUUCCAGCGGUUCCUGAAGAUGAACGGUGUAGUUCACAAAAUGGGAGCGCCGUAUCAUCCGGCAACGAAUGGACAAGCGGAGCGGUACGUCCAGACGUUCAAGCAGAAAUUGAAGGCGCUGAAGUGUUCCAAGUCUCAGCUCAACCUGGAACUGUCCAACAUUCUUCUUACCUACCGCAAGAUGAUCCAUCCGUCUACCGGGAAAUCACCGUCAAUGCUCGUAUUCGGUCGACAGAUUCGAUCGAGGAUCGACUUGUUGCUGCCGAAGAAUGAAACUUCAAGCAAGGCUGACAUUGCUGUGCGUCAGUUCUUGGAUGGUGAUCGAGUACGUGUUCGCGAUUUCUUGUCGAGUAACAAAUGGAAAUUUGGCAAGAUCGUCGAGAAGGUUGGAAAGCUUCGUUAUACGGUGCGAUUGGAUGACGGACGAAUCUGGGAGCGUCACAUUGACCAUAUCGUCGGUGUGGGCGCUAAUUUGCGGAGCGAUUCGGUGGACCCUCCAAGGGAGGAGUACAUUGAACUCGACGAACCUACAACUUCGGUUUCUGCGCCAGUGGCCCAAGCUACAGCGAAUCCUGUCGAGGAAGCUACUGGUACUGCACCGGUGGUUCCUUGCGCUACAUCUGCUGCUGCGACGAUAAUGUCUACUCCUGGAUCCCAGGAGCGUUCUUCGACUGUCGUGGCCGGUCGGUCUGCUGUGUUGGAGUGUGCUCCGACGACUCUACGACGAUCCAGCCGGGUAAUCGUACCUCCCCAGAGAUUGAAUUUGUAA